CUCCUGCAGAGGCCAUAGCAAGUGCUGCCGUCGAGCUUGAGGUAUUUGUGGAAGCAGAAAACAUUUCGCCACCGUUUUUAGUGUGGCACUGGAUGUGUCCUUAAUGCCGCAGUCUGCCUGUUCGCGGUUCCGGAGUUGAUGGUUCUGAAGUGCCAGGAAGUGCCGGUGUUCCAUCCGACCUUGAAGGACAUCAGCGGGUCUUUCGAGGCAUACAUAGAGUCCAUCGAGAGGCGCUUUGCUAAUGUGGGUCUUGCAAAAAUAAUACCACCAAAGGGAUGGACUCCAAGGAAGGAGGGCUACUCUGAUGACUUCGAUUUCGAGAUCCCGCGUCCCAUCAAGCAGCAUGCCACGGGCAAGCGUGGGUUGUACCGCACGCUGCUGGUGGAGCAGAAACCCAUGUCCUUGGCGAAGGACUUCAGACCUAUAGCCGUGGGGGAUCCCAGCCUGCCGCCAGCCAAAGAGACUCCGGAAGAGGUCGAGCGCCGCUUCUGGCGCAACAUCACGCUGCGACCGCCCCUCUAUGGAGCAGAUGUGCCAGGGAGCCUUUUCGAUGCUGAUCUGAAGGGCUGGAACCUGCGGCACCUGGACAGCCUGCUCAGCAGAACCCUGGAGAAGAAGAACCUGGCCAUCCCUGGAGUCAGCACGCCUUACCUGUACUUUGGGAUGUGGCGGAGCAUCUUUGCAUGGCACACCGAGGACAUGGACCUGGCCAGUGUGAACUACCUGCACUGCGGGGCACCCAAGUCAUGGUACUGCAUCCCGCCAGCGCACAGGGAGCGUUUCGAGCGCUUCUUGCAGGGCCUGCUGCCAGACAUGUUCCGCGCCUGCCCAGAGUUCCUCCGCCACAAGGAGCUACUUGUGUCUCCCUACAUGCUGCUACAAAACAACAUUCCAGUUGUGCGCUGUGUCCAGCGACCUGGAGAGUUCAUCAUCAACUAUCCUGGGGCAUACCACUCCGGCUUCAACCACGGCUUCAACUGCGCAGAGUCCACCAACUUUGCAACGAAGACCUGGAUCGCUGUGGGUGUCAGCGCGGGCUUCUGUGAGUGCCAGAAGGACAGCGUAGCCAUCCAGAUGAGCCUGUUCAUGAGCGAGGCAGCUCCGCGCGUGCGCCGCAUGAUUCGUGAGGCGGAAGCCUCCAGCUCCGAUGAGUCCGAGUCAGACAGCGAGUCAGGCAGUAGCAGCGGAGACUCAGACGAUUCGGAUUCAGAAGCCGAGGGAUCGGAGGAUGAGGCGCCGGCUAAGCCCGUCAAGCGCAAGGGCAAGGCAGGAGCCAAGAAGCCGCUGGUGUCUGGCGGUCGGGGAAUGACAGCAGUUGUGGGACCUGCCAGCAAGGGCAGAGGGGGUGGAAAGGGAUCAAAGAAGCAGCUAGUCUCUGGCGGGCGGUCCAUGGCGGCAGUGGCUGCGCCUGCCAGCAGGGGAAGGCCUUGUGGCAAGGCGCCAGCCAAACCAGCUGCAAAGGCUGCAGCAAAGCCGGCGGGCAAGCGAGGGGUAUCCAACCCCGCACCAAAAAAGGCCCAGCGGAAGCAGCAGCCCAGGGCUGAGGACACUCCAGCCAAGCAGCCUGCACGAAGGUCAGCCAGCCGCAAGCCCGUAGGCACAGUGUCCCGUGCAGUCGGCAAGCGGGCGGCGUCCCUGCCAGCCAGGCUACUGCCGAUGAAGGGCGGCGGCCUCAAGAGGAAAAUUUCUGCCAAGCAGGCCGCCGCUCGCUUGGCCUCCGCCAGCCGAGGGCAGAGCAAACUUCCCAGCAAGGCCGCAUCCACCGCGCGUGGGAGGCCGCCCGGCAAGGCCUCGGGGCGCGCCACAGGCCGGAAACGGUCACCUGUGUCGGCCAACACACGGGCUGCGGCGUCAGCUGGCAGUGCCAAGCGGCAGCGGACGGAGAGCGGCACGCUGCCGACCCCGGCGCGGCGGCACGCCGAUGACGGCGCGCAGCAGCGGCGGGAGGUGCGCCCGGACGCGGCCAAGGCGGCGGCCGCCAAACGGGUCGUGCAGCGCGCCAGGCAGCCUUCGCCGCGCGCAGCCGCCGCCGCCCAGGGCUCCAUGCUAGGACGCAUGCUGACGCUGACGGCCAGGGCCGCGGAGGCCGCCAAGGGCUUCCUGGGCGGCGGGGGCAGCACAGCCACCAGCACGGGCCUUGCCGCGGGCCCGCCCGGCUCGGCGCAAUCGCUGGUGAUGCCCGCCUGCUCGGUGCGGUUGGUGCCCAAGGGCUCCCUGUGCAGCCCAGCCGCAUCCAAGCCGUGCCAGGUGCCAGGCUCGCCCAAGGUGCUCAGGGAGGUCCCCCGGCGGCCGCGUUCGGUGCGUCUGGUCGGCGGCGGCGGCCGAAAAAUUGUCGGGCCAACGUCAGACCUGGCACCCUCUCCAGUGCGCCACCUGCAGGCGUCCAGGGGCACAAAAUUGCUGGGGGUGCAAAAGCCCACACCAAAGUUCAAACCAGGCAGGGUGCGCAAGCAGUUAGUUGCGAGCUGAACUCUUCUCUGGGCUUUGUUCUCUCAAGAUGGUGUUUUCAAGAUGUCAGCUUCCUGGAACGACCAGGUUGUACAUGUGAGUGCAGUCGUAAGGAAUGAUCCUCCUUAUCUUUUGAUGCCUGGCUAACGAGAGGUAAACAGCACACUGGUCGGCUGCUGCUUACAUUGUGCAUACACUUGCAAGCCUGCAGCAGCGUUUGCGUCAGAAUGUCUGUGAGCCAGCUGGCUGCCAGCAGUGCUUGCCUAGGAUCCGUGGGAGUCCAGAUGCUGGCUGAGGCGUCCAUGUCAUUUGCAAACUCAUUGCCAGUGGCUGUGCCAGCCCCGAGGGGUGCAACAGGAUGAGUGUUCUGUGGGUGAUCUUGUUUCAUGGUGUUCAUACAGUCCUGAUGCACUACCUCUGCUUUUUGCUGCAUCUUGAAGUCAGCCUGGACUAGAAUCCGGUCAAUUUCAUCAUAUUGUGCAAUGUGCUGCAGUGCCUGUAAAACAGGAAAUGGAGAGGA